AUGAAGAGUGACCCAGUCGCAGAAUCUGUCUUUGAAAUCUACGAUUUGACACAAGGACACACCAGGAUACUGCCUGUGGUGGAUGGAACAGCCGCGUCCUUUCGGCACUACCUUGGAGUGCCUUUGAGUCUUCGAGACGGUCUAAGGAUUGGUACUCUAUUCGUCUUCAGAGAUCAGCCCGCCCAAGAAGGUCUCUCACGACCCCAUCGUCAUUUCAUGCACGAAACAGCGCGUCAAGUCGUUGAUCAAAUACAGCUCAGCAUUGAGGCUCUGGAGAGCAAACGUGCGCUUCGCUGUAGCUCUGCUGUACUUGGCCUUUUGGACGUCUGUGGUACAAACGAUCAGCAGAACAGACGCAGAGACGGCAGGGCUGCAGACAUGCAGAGUCUUUGCGCCGAAGUAUAUCAACAUGGCGCAAAGCUGUUGGCUCAUGCUUUCGAGCUUGAAGGCGCCAUCAUUCAAGAGCUGCCCUGGUCAAUAUAUGAUGCAAGUUCCAAGCAGCCGCGGAAAGCAAGGCUUCUUGGUCAGCAUUAUGGAUCUGAAGGACCUGCCCUGGGUCCAUUGCCAGAUGAGUCUGCUAAACAACUCCUUGAAGCAUUUCCCUCGGGUGCUGUAUGCCAUCUUUUGCAUUCAACAGACGGCUGUGGUACCUUCGCUGCCUCUGUCCCUGGCAGCCCAGAGUUCAGCACGGAGAUCAAUGUUCAACUUCUCCGACACAAGACCGUGCCGGAGCAGUUCGUCUUCCUGCCGCUCCUCAAUACCUAUCACCAUCGCCAUACCGCUUUCGUGCUAGGAUGGGCUGUUGAGCCAACCAGAGUGUACUCCAGCUCAACCGACUUGUUGCCGUUAUCAGCAUUCGGUGUGACCAUCAUGAGUCAAGUCCGCCAGAUUGAGGAGCAGCUACUAAACAGGAAGAAGAACGAUUUCCUUGGCUCAGUGUCUCAUGAGAUGCGGAGUCCACUGCACGGAGUCAUGGCUUGCCUGGAACUAGYUCGAGGGGCCGAAUCAUAUACAGAGCAACUCGAGCUGAUAGACAACGCAAGCUCAUGUGCACUUCAGCUCGGCGAAAACAUCGAUAAUCUGCUGGCUCAUGCGAACAUCGGCUCACCUAGUCCUAGCCGAGAGCUGCAAAUGCAGCUCCGCCUUCCAAGCCGGCCUGCAAAAGAUGUACAAUCGCCCUGCGGAGAGAUUUCGCUGGCACCUAGUGGCAUCAGUCUGACGACCUUCAUCGAAGAUGUCGUCGCGAAAGAGAGGAGCAAAAUUUCGAGCAUGACGCCGUCCGUUGAGCGUCGGGCCGAUCCUCUAUCGAUAGAGGGCUUCACGUCGCAGGCAGUUGUGGUAGUAGACUCGACGCCUCUUGCAAACAUGUCCAUUUUCCCCGAAUCGGAUGUCGGCGUCAUUGUUAGCAAGCUACUUGGCAACUGCCUGAAGUUUACUAGACCGACUGGUUGCAUUCGAAUCUCCCUGGACGCUGAUGAAGCCGACGUACGGCUGCUCUUUCGGGACUCAGCAUGCGGAAUAUCGCCGGACUUUGUUCAUCACAAGCUCUUUGUGCCCUUUGCUCAGCAAGAUCCCCUCGACCCUGGAAUGGGCCUUGGUCUGUCACUGGUUCAUAGUGCUGUUCAGCGCCUUGGCGGUACCAUCAGCUUUCACACCGAUGAAGCCGAAGGGACCGACUUCACGGUAUCUCUACCCAAGGCUCACUUCGACGUCGAUGAUCAGKGCUCUUCCAAAGGCGUUGUAGACUUUUCUGCCUUGAGGGUACUGCUCCUGGCGCCUCGCUGUUGGACUCAGGAUGGAGACGAUCGCGCGCGCGCUCAGCGUUGCCUCGACGCAAUCGUCACAUCUCUGACACGCACGCUCAGCACUUGGUGCCUGGUUGAUCUGGGAGUCAUCACGGAGCUAGGCGGAACCCCUGACAUAAGUACGAACAUCGUGUUCGUCCUGUAUUCAGACUUCGAGCUGAUACGAAAUGCUGCUGGAGAGGCGUUUGACAACAUGAAGAAGGUAGUCUUCUGUCCUGAUCAAGCCGCAGAGUCGUACGUGCAAGUCUCUGCACCCACAACGUGCAUAACAAUAUUGGGCCCUAUCGUGCCAUGGAAGGUUGUAUCGGCCUUGAGCAGAUUGUCCAAGAUGAAUCUUGGUCAGGCGAUGCCCCUUGUCGAUGCAGUAGUGGCGAGUGUUGGGGACCCCGACCGAAUCACAUUAAUGCAACAAUACAAAGAACAGGUAAACGGUGCCCAGGACGAAGACGCAUCCUCACAUCGACCCACGCAGCCAAGUGCUGGGGUGUCCCCCACACAGGAUGGAAUCACAUAUACGCAUCGAGAGCCGAAACUUCUGCUCGUGGACGACAAUGCCAUCAACCUCAAAGUCCUUGAGAAGUUUGCGAAAAAGUGCAGCAAGGUAACUGCCGUUCCUGCUGGAGGCGGUAAAGCAGCCGUUGAAGCGUUCAAGACGGCACAGGCCACACAAACUUUCGACAUCAUCCUACUGGAUCUUUCCAUGCCUGAGGUGUCUGGCUUUGACGUUGCGGUGGCAGUGCGCGAGCUGGAACUCGGUCAUGCGGGAGAACAUCCACGUACCUACAUUGUUGCGCUGACGGGUUUGAUCAGCGACAAGGAUCGGGAUGCUGCGUUUGCGGCCGGUGUUGAUGAGUACGUUACGAAACCUGCUUCGCUGAAGGACGUGCAGACUGUUAUUCAUAAUUGGAGAAUGAUACAACGCCUGGAAUAG